AUGCUAACAUUCCAGCUCUUGCAGAAAGGGAACCUAAAGGACCAAUUUGACCCGAAGUUGAUGGACUUUUUGCUGAAAGGCCCCAUAAAGCAAGUACCCGAAAACCCUCUUGCUGACUGGUUGCCCAACAAGGCUUGGUAUGCAGUGCAAAAGCUCAUAGAGCUUCCCGGAUUUGAGUCAUUUGCCACAAAUAUGCAAAAGGACGCUCCUUCAAGGUUCAAAGAAUGGUUCCAAGAGCUUCAACCAGAAAAAGUCAAGUUGCCCCUUGACUGGAAGGCGCUUGACAACAUGCCAUUCAAAAAGCUUGUGGUGCUGCGCUGCCUACGGCCAGAUCGGCUGACUGCAGCAAUUUCGGAUUAUAUUCGCACAAUGCUUCCAUACGGGGGGCAGUAUUUAGAUGGAGACUCUGCGUUAUCAUUUUAUGAAAUUUUCGAAUCGUCCUUCGAGGAAUCUACGGCCACAACUCCAAUCUUUUUCAUUCUUUCACCGGGGGCUGACCCCGUAAAGGAGAUUGAAGCCCUAGGCAAGAAGAUGGGAUACACUGCAAACUUCAACCUGCACAACGUCGCAUUAGGGCAGGCAAGAUACACUGCAAAACAGAUCCACAACCCAAUAAACACUUCGCAAGGAAUAUAUGCUUCGGUGCCUGAUAGGCACUUUCUUUUGUGA